UUCGCGUUUGGCUCGGAGCGAUCUGUCUCGAGACUUGAAAAACAUUUACUGCGGUUUAUUCGAUCAGUUCCCCCCCCCCCCCUUGCGGACUAAUAUUUGCUCCUGUGUUUGUUAUUUAAGGAUCAAAUACGGCUUAAUCCGUUGUUAAUUUAGUUUAAAAUUAAAACUGACUUACUUUUCUGCAACUUGUUGACCCAUUUUACGCCCCACCAGAGGUAAGAGCGUCCGGGCGGGAUCUUGUGAUCCGCCGGCUGAUCGCUAAUCCUCUGUGGCUGACAACUCAUGACCUGGCAUCCUUGCGUCCCCGUGCGCCGGUGAUAUGGGAGAGUGGUGGGCGACUACGCCAGGAGAUGCGUCUUUUGGAAACUACGAGAUCUCCAGUAUAUCGCACGGAACAAUUUCCCCGUCGAGGCCCAACAAUCUUGUGUCGCUUCAACCUUCGUCCAGAAACUCCUUCAAUCUGGCCACGGUAUUUUGCACAGAUGACAACGUCCCGCAGUGCGUCUCGUACAUCAACCAGGAACUCACUUCUCUGGGCCUCUCCUCAUGCGUGGAGGCGAGCUCAGCGGCGGGCGCCGACCUGAGGGCGGCGCCCGCUCUAAACGCCUUCUUCGAGCUGCUGCAGAUCCGCAGGCGCAUCGCGGCCGCUUUAGAGGAGCUCGAAAGAGAGCAGCUCAAGAAGUCCAGUACCUUGGAUCACGUCCAGAUGAGCAAUUCCAGACUCAGGGAUCAGCUUGAGCUAUCCAUCCGGGAGAAAUCGGGUCUGCAUGAGACCGAGAGGCAGCUCCAACUCAAAAUCAAGACUCUGCAAAGCUGCCUGAAGACCGAGAAAGAAGAGGUUCAGAAACUCCAGAGCGUCAUCGCCAGCCGCGCGUCGCAGUACAGCCACGACGCCAAGAGGAAGGAGAGAGAGGCGGCGAAGCUCAAGGAACGCCUCAGCCAGCUGCUUGUGGACAGAAAAGAUAAAAAACUGGCGAUUGACUUGCUAAAUUGCCUCGGAAGAGCAGACGGGAAAAGGAGCCAAUGGAAGACGGCCAAAGUCACGGCCAGCCACGAAGGGCAGAUGUACAAGUCCGUGUUGCGGGAUUACGAAGCCAGCCGGCGGUCGCUGAUGCUGGAGAACGCGGAGCUGAAGAAGGUCCUGCAGCAGAUGAAGAAGGAGAUGAUCCACAUGCUGAGUCCGAGACAGCCGCCGUGCAGGGGAGCCGGCGCCGACGACAGCCAGGAGGUGUUGGAUUCGGAUGGGGAAGAGAAAACUGGCGACUCCGGCAGGGAACUAUUGGACCAGUCAUGCGACCAAGCGAGGGAGCAGCUGACCAACAGCAUCCGGCAGCAGUGGAGGAAACUCAGGAACCACAUGGAGAAGUUGGACCACCAAGUGCAAAAUCACACUGAGUCCAACAAGGAGGUGAUCCCGAGGGAAACCCACGAGAAUGAGAUGGAGAGCAUGCGGCGCGAAGUGCAGCAAUGCAAAGAGUUCAUUCACACGCAGCAGCAACUUCUCCAGCAACGGCUGAACUCGUCGUUCGACGACGAGACGGCCGAGCUGCUCAACGGCUGCUACACCCUGGAGGAGAAGGAGCGCCUCAAGGAGGAGUGGACGCUCUUUGAGGAGCAGAAGAGGAACUUUGAGAGGGAGAGGAAGUACUUCACCGAGGCCGCCAUCCGCCUCGGCCGAGAGAAAAAGGCUUUUGAGGAGGACCGAGCCUCCUGGCUGAAAAGUCAGUUUUUGAACAUGACGCCCUUCGCCAACCGUAGCAGACGCUCCUCCACUGACGGUUGCAGUGCCUUGUCCAUCAGAAGUGAGCCAGAGACGAGGGCAUCUUCUGCAAAAAGCCAGCCGUCCAAAUCCUCGAACUACAUGUCGUUCUCCACUCCCGAGCCCGCACAACGCGGCACGGAGCCGUCCACUACUGAACUGUACCGGACACUCCGGCUCAUUCCAGACUCCGGUUCCUCUGGGUGUUCAAAUCGAGGGCGCCGGAAAGAGGCCAGCAGCAGCACCGCCGACGAAGAAAGAGAUAAUCGAGUCCACGGCGGAGACUUGAGUAUCUUUUCUCCCGGGAAGAAUCAGAACAGCUUCAUUUAAAACAUCCACUCCGUCCACAUGCCUCCUUCCUUUCAAUGUGACUGAAGUUUUUUUUUUUUUUUUUUUUAAAUAAUAUACUGACCACCCUCCAAAUGAACAAGAAAGCACUUUAAAAAAAUCAGGUCUGAAAAGUCAAGUCGGAGAAUUUGACCAAGUACUGAUUUGCACAUAGCUUUUUUUUUUUCUUCCUUUUUUAAAAAAUUGAAUUAAAAGCCUGUUUUGCUUGUGUGUUUACAAAGUUAAGAUACAAUCAGAGUUCGUUUAAUUCUGAAUACACGUGUAUUUGUAUCAUAUCUGCUGGUUUGUGUGUAAAUAAAGAAAUGGACAUUU